UAAAGCUGCAGCACUUGAAAAAAAGUCUUGUUUGCAGACUUUGUGCUGGAGCUGUAAAGGGAAGGACACACUGGUGGCUUAAUGGUGCUAAGAAGAUCUUAACUUUUUUUUCCUUAGCAAGGACAAACACAUGCCUGUAAGCUGGGCAUGAUGGCUGGCAUAAAAGGGAGGAUUUUGAUAGCAUAUAUAUUUUUGAUAGGACAGUUUCUAGCAAUACACGCUCAAGAAGAAGAAAGUGGUGAAGUUGAUGACAUUGCCUGUAAGCAAGAUGAUAAAAUUUACAUGAACCGAGAUGUUUGGAAACCUUCCGCAUGUCAAAUUUGUGUAUGUGACAAUGGUGCAAUCUUAUGUGAUGAAAUUCAGUGCCCUGACAUCUUAGACUGUGACAGUCCUGAGGUCCCUCCUGGAGAAUGCUGUGCAGUGUGCAGAAGUACCUCCGGUGGUCGGCCAAAUACCCAUGAUCGAGGACCCAAGGGUCAAAAGGGGGAUCCUGGAGAUGUCCCAGCUGUAUCUGGUAUUCGUGGCCGUCCAGGCCCUGCGGGACCCCCAGGAUCACAAGGACCAAGAGGAGACAGGGGUCCAAAGGGAAGACCUGGUGGACGUGGCCCAGCUGGUUUAGAUGGAGAGCCUGGCAUCCCUGGACAGCCUGGAGACCCUGGCCCACCUGGGCAUCCCUCUCUGCCUGGACAGCCAUAUUCCGCUCAGAUGCAGGGUGGUUUUGAUGAGAAAUCGGGACUAGGAUCACAAAUGGGAUUAAUGCCUGGCUCAGUGGGUCAAGUAGGACCUAGAGGUCCUCAAGGUCUUCCAGGAAAUCCAGGCGGCAUGGGUCCUCAAGGUCCUCCUGGAGAAGCAGGUGAACCAGGAUCUAUGGGGCCACUGGGUCCGCGUGGUCCUGAGGGGCCUCCAGGAAAACCGGGUGAAGAUGGCGAAGCUGGAAGACCAGGACAGACAGGCGAAACAGGAUUCCAAGGAUCUGCGGGAGCUAGAGGUUUUCCUGGUGCUCCUGGCCUUCCAGGUCUUAAAGGACACAGAGGUCAUAAAGGUUUGUUUGGGCCCAAAGGAGAAACUGGUGCAGCUGGAUCCAAGGGUGAAUCUGGCCCUACCGGACCAAUGGGAUUAAAUGGACCUUCUGGACCCAGGGGAAUGCCUGGAGAAAGAGGAAGGAUUGGGCCUCAGGGAACACCAGGUGUAAGGGGUGCAAAUGGACUUGUUGGAUUGGCUGGACCAAUAGGCCCAAUUGGGUUAAGUGGUGCAUCUGGAUUUCCAGGUAUCCCAGGAAUGAAGGGUGAAGCUGGCCCAACUGGUGCUCGAGGACCUGAAGGUCCACAAGGAUCAAGAGGCGAAACUGGACAUCAAGGACCUGCUGGUUCACAGGGGCUUCCAGGCUCUGUAGGAACUGAUGGGGCUUCUGGAGCAAAAGGACCAACUGGGGUUGUUGGAGUUGCUGGAGCACCUGGACUUAUAGGCCCACCUGGUUCUCCUGGACCUCAAGGUAGCACUGGAGUAUCGGGAAUCAGAGGCUCUAUGGGUGAUCCAGGAGUACCGGGCUUCAAAGGAGAAGCUGGGCCUAAAGGAGAACCCGGGCCACAUGGUCCUCAAGGUGCAACAGGUCCACUAGGUGAAGAGGGAAAAAGAGGUCCUCGUGGAGACCCAGGAAGUGUGGGACCACCUGGACCAGUUGGUGAAAGGGGUGCUCCUGGUAACCGUGGUUUUCCUGGAUCAGAUGGAUUGUCUGGACCUAAGGGAGCACAAGGAGAAAGAGGCGUUGCAGGAACUUCAGGUCCUAAAGGAGCAAAUGGAGAUCCUGGGCGCCUUGGUGAACCUGGCCUUCCUGGUGCUAGGGGUUUAACUGGAAAUCCUGGAGUUCAGGGCCCUGAAGGCAAACCAGGACCAUUGGGAGCUCCUGGAGAAGAUGGUCGUCCUGGCCCACCUGGCCCAAUUGGAAUACGUGGAGAACCUGGCAGUAUGGGACCUGCUGGUCCAAAAGGCAACAGUGGAGAUCCAGGAAAGCCAGGUGAACAAGGCAGUGCUGGAGUUCCAGGCCAAAGAGGAGCUCCUGGAAAAGAUGGUGAAGUUGGUCCUUCUGGCCCUACAGGCCCUCCAGGCCCAGCAGGAGACAGAGGAGAACAAGGUCCUCCAGGUCCAACUGGAUUUCAGGGUUUACCAGGUCCACCAGGACCACCAGGAGAGACGGGAAAGCCAGGUGAUGAGGGCGUACCAGGGGAUCCUGGAGCUGCAGGUCCACUUGGUCCUAGAGGAGAGCGUGGUAAUCCAGGGGAAAGAGGAGAACCUGGAGCCUCGGGAUUAGCGGGUGAAAAGGGUAUGGCUGGAGGCCAUGGGCCUGAUGGACCAAAGGGAAGCCCAGGUCCAUCUGGAACUCCUGGUGAUGCUGGACCACCUGGCCUACAAGGCAUGCCUGGAGAGAGAGGUAUUGCUGGCACACCUGGGCCAAAAGGUGAUAAGGGAAGUAUUGGAGAAAAAGGUUCUGAAGGUACAGCUGGCAAUGAUGGUGCAAGAGGACUGCCUGGCCCUCUAGGUCCCCCUGGUUCUGCAGGUCCAUCUGGGGAGAAGGGUGAGCCUGGACCACGAGGAGCAAUUGGCCCUUUUGGUUCACGUGGGACUCCAGGUUCCAGAGGGGAAAAUGGCCCAACCGGUCCUGUUGGAUUUGCUGGCCCUCCAGGCCCUGAUGGACAACCUGGUGUGAAAGGAGAACCUGGUGAGCCAGGCCAAAAGGGUGAUGCUGGAUCUCCAGGUCCACAAGGUCUUUCUGGGUCUCCUGGUCCACCUGGACCUUCUGGUGUUCCUGGACUUAAGGGUGGCAGAGGAACUCAAGGACCCCCAGGUGCAACUGGGUUCCCUGGUUCUGCUGGUAGAGUUGGACCUCCAGGUUCAGCAGGAGCUGUAGGCCCUGCUGGUCCUAUUGGUGAUCCUGGCAAGGAAGGGCCACCUGGUCUACGUGGGGAUCCUGGAGCACAUGGUCGCAUUGGAGAUAGGGGUCCUGCUGGCCCUACAGGAAGUCCUGGAGAUAAGGGAGACUCAGGAGAUGAUGGACAGCCUGGUCCUGAUGGUCCACCUGGUCCAGCUGGAACAACUGGUCAAAGGGGUAUUGUUGGCAUGCCUGGUCAAAGAGGAGAAAGAGGAAUGCCAGGACUUCCUGGACCAGCGGGUUCUCCUGGGAAACAAGGCUCUACUGGUCCUCCAGGGGACAAAGGUCCAUCAGGCCCUGUUGGUCUUCCUGGUGCUAAUGGUCCAGUUGGUGAACCAGGUGCAGAGGGUCCCCCUGGGAAUGACGGUCCCCCUGGGCGAGAUGGUGCUAUUGGAAAACGGGGUGAUCGUGGUGACCCAGGUCCUGAAGGCCUUGCAGGAUCCCAAGGUGCUCCAGGAACUCCAGGACCUAUAGGUUCCCCAGGUGAAGCUGGACAAAGAGGUGAACCAGGCUCUCGAGGUCCUGUAGGUCCUCCAGGCAGAGCUGGAAAACGCGGAUUUCCAGGUCCACAAGGCCCCCGUGGUGAUAAAGGAGAUAAUGGAGAAACUGGUGAGAGGGGGCAAAAAGGUCAUAGAGGUUUUACAGGCUUGCAAGGCCUUCCGGGACCUCCAGGUCCAGUUGGUGAACAAGGUAGUGUUGGACCUUUUGGACCUUUUGGCCCCAGAGGCCCCCCUGGACCUGUUGGCCCUCCUGGUAAAGAAGGUAAUGCAGGAUCACCUGGACCAAUUGGACCUCCUGGUGUUCGAGGAACUGUAGGAGAAUCUGGACCUGAGGGUCCCCCAGGAGAUGCUGGCCCUCCUGGUCCUCCUGGUCCCCCUGGACUUCUAACUGCAGCACUUGAUGAUUUAAUGGGUGGCUAUGAUGAUACUAUGCCAGAACCACUUCCUGAAUUCACUGAUGAUGAAGCUGCUGGUGAUGGAAAUAAAACUGAUCCAGGUGUUCAGGCUACACUAAAAUCUUUAAGCAGUCAGAUUGAAACUAUGCGCAGUCCUGAUGGAUCUAAGGAUAAUCCAGCACGCACAUGUGAUGAUUUAAAGCUUUGUCACCCUAAUAAGAAGAGUGGAGAAUAUUGGAUAGAUCCUAAUCAGGGAUGCGCAGAAGAUGCUAUAAAGGUUUUCUGUAACAUGGAAACUGGAGAAACAUGUAUAUCUGCAAAUCCAUCCUCAAUACCUCGCAAAACAUGGUGGAUUGGUAAAGGAGUGGAUAACUUCAAGCCAAUAUGGUAUGGUGCUGAUAUGAACAAAGGCUCUCAAUUUGUCUAUGGAGCAACACAAUCACCGAAUACAGCUGUCACCCAAAUGACCUUCCUCCGCCUUCUCUCAAAAGAAGCUUCUCAGAAUAUAACCUACUAUUGUAAAAAUGCUGUUGGAUACUUGGAUGAAAAAACACAAAACCUGAAAAAAGCUGUCAUCCUUAAAGGUGCUAAUGACCUUGAUAUUAGAGCAGAAGGGAACAGCCGAUUUAGGUAUACAGUUCUUGAAGACAGUUGCUUGAAACGCAAUGGAAAUGUUGGAAAAACUGUCUUUGAAUACAGAACCCAAAAAGUGGCACGACUACCUAUUAUCGACAUUGCCCCUGUGGACAUUGGUAGCGCAGACCAAGAGUUUGGAGUUGACAUUGGGCCAGUUUGUUUCUUGUAAAAGAUAAAGAAUUCCAAAGAAUUAAGACUGUCAAAGUUAAUCCUGAGACUCUUGAAAAUCACAGCUGGUGCUUUGCCAGCACUGUACAUACCGUUUUCCAUUAUUUUCAUUUUGUUAAUGGCCUUGCCCUUUUUCCAAAGUAUUUAUUUUACAUUAAUUUUUAAUAGUUGUGAGCAGAAAUGUAAUUUAAGAGGACCAACGACCCUUUUGUUACGAACUAAAGAAGAUCUGUUCUUAAUGUAUAGGCAUGUAAAAAGGGAAUAACAGCUGUGUGGUCUCAAAGUAUGUUUUUCCAGUUCCUUUGGGUAUUCAUUUAUAAGAGAAUAUUUCAGUUUCCAUGGAAUACACCAUUGCUAGAACUCACCAAGCUUUAAAUUGUCAUUAGAUUUAUUUUUGGAAUUACUUAAUAAUAAAUACAUAUUUUGAAAACUUGUUAAGAUUUCUAAAACCCCACAUGCAGGGACUAAGAUUUCAGUAUAAUGCAUUAUAUUUCUUAAUGUGAUACCUCACCAGAUAUCUAAAGAUUGGAUGACUUUUUGUUUUUUUAAAAUUGGAAAAUGCAGAUAAUUUUUUUUCAAGGUGAACCAAUGUCUUAUGCUUAAAACAGCCUGUGGUAUACUUAUAUCCAUCAACAAACACUUAGAUUAGCAGAUAGUCAUAAUAGGAAGAAUGUCACAGUUACUCUUCAUUAGAAAAGGAAAACUCUCCACUGAUGUAUGUAAAACAAACACUUUGGCAGAUAGGUUGGAACGGAAAAUACAGAAGUAUUGAGAGAAGUUUUAUCUAUUUUAUGAUUUACCAAAACCUUAGUGUCAGGAGUAUUUUUCUUAAAUGAAAUCUUUAACUAACUGUGUUGAAUUUGUCAGAAUGUGUUAAACUGCUUUGAUCGCUUUCAGCAAAUAGCAAAAUGAGUAAUAACCUCUUUGUUAUUUCAGGCUGAUUAUGCCACACUCAUACUACUUUUGGGAUUUUUACAUUUCUGGUGCAGAUGUGGCUGCUGUUAAUCUUCCUAUGAUGAAGUUAAACCACUAAAAUGAAUGUUGUUGUUGCCAGGCAUCUGUAUGUUUUGAUCUUCAUUGGUUUACUGGUAUAUUAAGUGGUCAUAAGAAGAACAAAAUGAUCUAAGCUAAUACAAAUGCCUUCUCUGUCCCAUUGGUUCUAUAAUUAUAUGUUGCAAGGAAUGAUUGUAAAGAUUGGUAUAAAUUCUUCCAUUUUUAUAAUGGAAAUGAUUAUAUUUCUUCAUAAAUGCUAAAAAAAAAUGACCCGUAGAAUUUUGCAGUGCAGAAGAAAACAAUCUGAAAAUGUUUUUUUGCUUUUAAUUGUUUUCAUUUUUUAAGUUGAUUUAGCUAGCUACAUUUUACAUGCCCUUAUCAAUGUUUUUUACUAUAUUGCUCAAGUACAAAAAAAACUGAACUAUUUGAACUCUUUUUUCAGAACUGUUAUGUACAUGGAAAGCAGCUUUCUCGUUUUAGCAACACAUUGUCAGGUGCAAAAGGUUCCAACAUUUCUUAGCAAAUGCUACCUCAUCUCUACAUGCUGGGAUGCAAAUACUAGUUUUGUUAGAUAUGAAAAGGUGCUAUUCCUUUAUUGUUAAUUAGAGGAUGGGGACAGGCAGUGUACAUGUUCAUGGUGCUAAAAUUCCUUUUGAACAUCCUGAAUAAAAAAAAUUUACAGAUUCCCCUAUUAUUUUAUAAAUAUUAAGCUAAACUGCUUUGUCAUAUGAAAAUUCUGGCAUUUUCUUAAAGAAAUCUGCAUUUUUAUCAAGUAGGUGCAAUAUAUAGAGAGAUUUUUUUUCCUGUUAUGUGUCUUUCUUUUUUAUGUUUUUCUAUGUAUAAACAAAUAUAUCUUUUUUUCUUGAAUCUGUCUCCCAAAUUAGUUAUCACACCAAAUUAUUUAUAGACUUUAAUCCCAGAAACUCAUUUAGUGGCAGUUGUAGGAAACCACAAUGCUUUGAAUGGACUAUAGGGCUCAUUUAUAAAUGCAAAUGCAGUAUGCAAAGUGCAAUUUGGAGUAAACAGUUUAGAAAAUAGGAUCAAAAUGGGCAAUAAUUACAUACAUCUCAGUGGUUGUAAACAAGCUCUUAUUUGUUAAAUGCAAAGGAGAGCAUUUGCCUGAAAAAAAUUUACCCAAAGCAUUAAAUUUUCUUACUCUUGCCGUUAAUUAAGUUUCUUCAAGACAUAUUGCGGUGUGGUCCCUAAUUAUUGAAAUAAAAUGUGAAGGUGCGCAAAAGGUCUCUUAGUUCUGUGGCAAAUAAAUAUCUAAUAUUUAAAG